AUGGAUUACAAACUUCUCAUUACUGGUGCCGCUGGAUAUAUGCAACAUAGCAUUGUCCCACCCCCAAACAUCGUUGCGGUAGUCCGGUCUGACAAGCAAGCUCUUGAGUUAUCCUCGUUGGGGAUUGACGCCGUCCAUGUCGACUUGGGGGACAUCGACGCGAUCACUCAACUUGUUCUUGAGAAAGACAUUGACCUCGUAGUUCACUGCGCCAGUGCCACUGACGCUUCUCUCGCAAAGCCGCUCCUCUCGGGCCUGGGAAGGAGAAUCCAGCAGACAGGCAAGGCAGCCUACUUCAUACACACCUCCGGGGCAAGUGCCUUCGCUGACCUUGCAGGUUGGCCUCAUGGCAAGGUUUCCGAUACCGACCAAGUUCACGCUCUCGUCAAGCAAGUUUCGACGCCGUACGUGGUCAGGGAUACGGAUAAUACCAUUUUUGACUUGGCAUACGAGAAUAAUGUUACAAAUUUCAUUGUUGUCCCGCCUCUGAUCUAUGGCAGAGGCACUGGGAUAUCAAACCAUAUCUCUUCCCAGCUUUCUGUCUAUAUCCAAGCAGCAAUUGCAAACAAAGCCGUUUACAAAUUUUCCAAGGAUAGCGAAUGGCAAGCUAUUCAUGUCACCGACUUGGCUCGCUUUUACACUAGCAUAAUCCGCACUAUAGUACACGGUAAUGCUCCCGUGGGUGGCCAGGAUGGGUACUUUUUUGCUUCAGCUCAUAAACUGCCAUGGUGGGAUUUGCUUCACUGUCUGGCCAGCCGUCUCCAUGCCAAAUGGCUCGUUUCAACCGCAGACGUCAACGUCUGGCCCAACGGGGAUCUGGCGGCGGAAAGCUUUGGCAUGCCUUUGGAAUAUGUGAGAAUUGGGUGGAAUUCAAACUCUAUUACGCUCUGCCAGAAGGGGGACCUCAUCGGGUGGAAACCAAUUUGGAACUACGCUAUGCUUCUAGAACACAUGGAUGACGAGAUUGAAAAAGUCCAGCAAGCAGGUCCAAGCGCGAAAAUGAUAAAGCUGCCCCCAAAGUUGCGUUAG